AUGGCGGGUGAGGAAGGUCACGGGAAGAAGCGCCCGGCCGAAGCUGACCCCGAUGGCGCGCAACCGUUAACGAAGAGAUUUGGACACCUACGAAUAGAUAAUAGCGUGCCAAUCUCCGCUCGGGCCAAACCCAAGGGGCAUAUUCAGCAUAACCAGCAUCAACAUGACUACAUUGAUCACCAACAUACCCAACAUAACCAAAAGCUUUCUUCCCCAAACGAUGCAAUGAUCUUGGAUGACACCAAGCAUACGACUUACAUUUACAACCUGGAUCAAGAAUUAAUGGAAGCCGACUCUCCUGGUUUGGUGUUUUUACCAUUCGCGGAGAAAGUCCUCUCAGUCCCUCAAUCCGUUCUAUCCGACUCGAUACCCUCAGGGAAAGAACUUGUUCUUUAUACGGAACCAGCUUCCCUCACGGUUCCCAAGGAAAAAGAUAAUGUUCGAAGGGCAAUUCUUGAAUCUCGAGCACGAGCUAGAGAGAACAAAGUUAGGGAAGAUUUAUAUGAUGAUCCAAUGGAUAUUGAUAGUUGA